AUUGCUGAGCUCAGGAAAGUGAAACAAGCCCCUUGACACUGCCCAGAGGGAGCCAUGGCUACAGAGAGCCCCGUGGAACGUCUCUCGGAAGAAGCGACGUGUCCCGUCUGCUUGGAUUAUUUCACGGCCCCUGUCACUCUGGAGUGUGGGCACAAUUUCUGCCAGGCCUGCCUCAGCCGGUGCUGGGAAGAACGCAACACAGCCGCUUCCUGCCCUCAAUGCAGAGACACUGUACAGAAUAAACACCUCCAGCCCAACAGGCAGCUGGCCAAUAUAGUGGAAAUAGCCAAGCGGCUGAUUUUGCAGGCAGGGAAGGGCACAGAAGGGAGCGGGGUGUGCGGUGAACACCAGGAGACUCUGAAGCUUCUCUGUGAGGAGGAUCCUAUAUAUGUGGUGUAUGACAGGUCCCGGGCUCGUGGAGCUCACGCUGUGGUUCCUAUACAGGAAGCUGCCCAGGCGUACAAGAAACAGACAGAAACCCAAAGGCAGAAGAUUAUGGGGGAGUUUCAGCAUCUUCAGCAGUUCCUGGAGGAACACGAGCGACUCCUGCUGGCCCAGAUGAAGAAGCUGGAGGAGAAGCUGGAUGCCAGCAGCACCUUGAGCAGGUGUGAGCAGGAGCAGUUCCAGCAGCCAGAGGAGAUUUCUCCAGAACUGGGAGACCAAGUCAGUGGUUUCUGCCAGAUAACUCUUGCGCUGUCGGAGACUCUGAGGGAGUUCAAAGACACUCUGCCCUCUGCACUGGAGAGAGCAAGAGGAAGAUCCCUGCGAGCAUUCAGACACGCGAAUGUGACACUAGAUCCGGACACGGCCAAUCCCCAGCUUUUCCUGUCUGAGAAUCGAAAAUGUGUGACGUGGGGGGACACGGAGCAGCAACUCUCCGACAUCCCUGAGCGAUAUGACUGUCGGGCCUGUGUGCUGGGCUGUGAGGGGUUCACUGUGGGGAGACACUGCUGGGAGGUGGAGUCGUGGGGUGAGCCAUACUGGGCUGUGGGGGUGGCCAGAGAUUCCAUCAGCAGAAAGGGAUGGACCAGCCUUAGCCCUGAGGGGGGGAUCUGGGCUGUGGAGCUGUGGGGGGGUGAGUUCCUGGCUCUCACCAACCCUCAGACCCACCUGCCUCUGACCCGAGCCCCCCGCAGGAUCCAAGUUUGCCUGGACUGUGACCGGGGGCAGGUCGCAUUUGUCGAUGCUGAUGCCAAGACCUUGAUUUUCACAUUCCUGCCGGGCUCCCUCCCUGGGGAGAGACUCCGACCCUGGUUCUGGGUGUGGCUGGGAUCCCAGCUCCGCCUGAGUCCCUGAAAACAGCCUCUCUAGCCUCACACACACACCAGUCUCUGACCCUGGAGGACUCCUCUCUACCCAGCCCCUGGCUCCUCAUCUCUGUCAUACCUGAACACUUCUACCCCUCUCUCCCUGCAGCUCCAGGCAUGGGAGGGGGACAGGGAAGAACUCCUGGGCCUACAGGAUGAGCAGGGGGUUCCUGAGGGCAGAGGUGAGGGCUGAACAUGAACAGAACUAGCAGCCAGGCGGGGUACAGGCAGCGGUUGGAGUACGGGGGCAGGACACAGAAUCAAUCAGGGUUUGGGAAGGUUGGGGAGAAUCUGAAUGCUCCGAAGCAGCAGGGAGUGAUUUAUAGCAAUCUGCCAGCCAGCGCUCCUGCCACCAGGUCAAAGUCACCUUCUUCCCUUGUAGCUGUGGGAGAUCCGGUAACACUGGGAUUGCCACACACAGAGUGCUGGGGUGGGUAAGGGAUGCUGAUUGACCAGAAAUCUUUAAAAAUCAUCUUUGGGUCAGUCUGCUGCUUUAAAAAAAAAAAAACUCCUGAGGCUGGCAACCCUGGGGGAGGCAGGGCCGGGACAAGUUUAACCAGACGGAAUUAGAAAAAGGAAGAAAAAAAAUGCAAAUUAAAAUAAAACAAUAAUAGAGGGACAUGAAUGGUGAAAGACAGAAAAGAAAAAGGUGACAGGAAAGUAUCCCUGGCAGAGAAACCAGCCCAGAGGCAGCAAGAGGGGAAGGGAUAAAAUCAGGGGACAGAACGGAGCAGUCCAGGGGGAUGAUCUGUAACAGGGAAGGUAGGAGAAUGGGAGAGACGCAGGAAAAUAAACAGGGCUGGGGACUGAAGGGGAGAAAAAUGUUGAGUAGCAAAGGACAAAAGAAAGAAGAAGGGGACAGAGAUUGGUUAAAUGUUACUGAACUAGAGGCUGUAACCUGUUAAUUCCGUAUAUUCGUUCCUGGACAGUUGUCCGGUUGUUGUGCCAUUAAGAAAACUGUUCUCGGUAGCUGGAGAUCACCUUUCUGUGUGGGGUUUGUAACGCUCCUUCUCCGCUCCUGUUUGCUUACACGAUUUAGUUACUUACUGUAAAUAAAACAC